AUGAUGUUUACUAACUCUUUGAAUUCCGAAGUUUGGUAUAUUCCGACUGAUAUCUUAAGAAUAACAUGUGAUUCAACUACAAUUGGCAUUUCAUUUUGCCUGUUAAUUAUCAUUGUAACUAACAAAGCAUGUCGAACGGUACCCAUGAUGUUAACUGCGAAUACUUGCUUCACUGAAUUUAUCUGUGCGUGUGUCCUAUUAAGUAUGACAGUUUUCGUAUUGCAAAAUGACAUCAAGCAAAUUAUCUACGAAGAUUCUCUUUGUCGCGUUCGUGGUUAUUUAUUAAUAAGCAUUACUGUUGCACAAAAUUAUUCUUAUGUAUUACAAGCAAUUUAUCGUUACGUUACAAUUGUGCAUCCAAGUCGUCUCUUUUGGCAAUCAUCUCGUUUCCAAACGUGUCUUAUUUGCUUAGUAUGGAUUUUUUCUUUCACCAUAAUCCUACCUGUGCUAUUAACUAAUCAAAUUGUAUACAACUCUUCCAAUCAGAUAUGUCAUCCCCCAUUGGGAAGAUCGUUUGGUAUUAUUUAUAUAACAGUUAUACUUUAUUUGAUUCCGAAUAUAUUUCUUAAUAUUGUUUAUUCAAGAUUAGUUCGAUUUGUUCGCGAAAUGAGCAAAAGAGUGACAUCGACGAAUGUCAUAGCUCGUGCAGAACGGGAUUUAAAAAUGGUAAAAAGCAUUAUAACAAUAACAACUAUUCUUGGAAUAUUGGGCCUUCCGUUUGCUUUUCUCAUCUUUUGGUCUCUUUUUACAACACCACCUCGCGACCAUUUCCGUAUUGCCUUUAUCGGUGUUGAUAUGUCAACCACAGCUGUCAUUAUUGCAGUAUGCAAAACGACACCCCCAAUUAAAACUGCUUUGUCAGAAAAACUAGCUGCGUUACAAACAAUAUUUACUACCGCAAACGCAUAA